AAGGGAACUGUAACAAUUGUGUUCAGUGAGCUGAAACAAAUGGAUUCAGAGUGAACUGUAACAAUUGUAUUUAGAGUGAGCUGUGACAGUUACAUUCAGAGUGAGCUGUGGCAGUUGGAUUUAGCGUGAACUGUAAUAAUUACAUUCAUAGUGAGCUGGAACAAUUGCAGUAAGGAGUGAACUGGGACAAUGUAGAAAACACGGGUUACACUGUCAGUUCCGCUAGGAGCCGGAUCAGCGCCUGUGUGCUUCCCGACUCGACACCGAGCGGAGCCUGCACUUUCCUCCCCGGACACAGACCCGCAGCUGCCCCGGCAGCAAUGAGCCUGCAGGCGGUGAGGUACCGGCGGGGCAGCCUGCAAAUCCUCAACCAGAGGUUGCUGCCGGAGCACAGUGUGUACGAGGAGAUCCCCGACGUGCAGGCUGCAUGGAGGGCCAUCAGGGAAAUGCAGGUGAGGGGUGCCCCUGCCAUCGCGAUCGUCGGCUGCCUGAGCCUGGCCGUGGAACUACACCAGAGGGAGGAAGGGGCCAGUAGGGAAGACCUGGCCAGCUUUGCGCUCGAGUCGCUGGGGCAUCUCGUGACCUCCAGGCCCACGGCGGUGAAUAUGGCGCGGGCGGCGCAGGAACUGUCCGACUUUGUGACGCGUGAGGUCAAACGGCCGGACUCCACGGCAGAGAGCUUCAAAGAAAAUCUGAUUUGCAGAAUCGAGGCCAUGUUGGACAAGGACAUUCAGGACAACAAAAGUAUCGGGAAUCACGGGGCCAAGCACAUCAUCUCCAGGGCGAAAACGGAGAAAGUAAUUAUCCUCACGCAUUGUAACACUGGCUCACUGGCAACAGCGGGAUAUGGAACAGCGCUGGGUGUCAUCCGCUCGCUGUGGUCCAUGGGUUGUCUGGAACAUGUUUACUGCACAGAGACUCGGCCGUACAAUCAGGGGGCCAGGCUCACGGCCUACGAGCUGGUGCAUGACAAGAUCCCAGCCACACUCAUUGCUGAUAGCAUGGUCUCCAUGGCGAUGAAGGAGAAGGGGAUAUCAGCUGUUGUGGUGGGGGCGGACCGUAUCGUGGCCAACGGAGACACAGCCAAUAAGAUUGGGACCUACCAGCUGGCCAUCGCGGCUCUGCACCAUCGCAUUCCUUUCUACGUGGCAGCCCCCAGCUCGUCGUGCGACCUGACUCUGGAGAGCGGGGGGCAGAUCGUCGUCGAGGAAAGGCCCGGCAAGGAACUGACAGAUUUCAACGGAGCCCGCAUCGCUGCGCCAGGUAUCAAUGUGUGGAACCCUGCAUUUGAUAUUACACCUCACAGCCUCAUCACGGCCGGAAUUAUUACAGAGUUUGGAGUUCAUGAACCUGGAGAACUUCGGAAAGCAUUGACCGAUAAUGCACAUCGGGACACGAGCCACACUUGUUAAUUGUACACUUCCUCUUCGCCUCUUCCUCCCCAUGUCCCUUGUUGCUCUCACAUUUGUUUGUUUUCAAUCUGAGGCCUUUCUUAAUUCGUCCUGAAUGCCCGCUCAUUACUCAAGUUUCUCUUAUAUCCCCAAACCCAAGUAUUCAAUGCGUGUUCCCUGCCUGUUGAAAAUCAUCAACAUUAGCCACUGACACAGGGCAGUGAAAUGGUUAGCACUGCUGCCUCACAGCGUCGGGGACCCGGGUUCAUUUCCUCCCUCAAGCGACUGCCUGUGUGGCGUUUCCAUAUUCUCCCUGUGACUGCCUGGGUUUCCGCCAGGUGCUCCGAUUUCCUCCCACAGUCCAAAGAUGUACAGGUUAGGUGGAUCGGCCAUGGGAAAUUGUCCAGAGAUGGGUUGGUUACGUUUGGCCGUGGGAAACGUAGGGUUACGUGGACAGG